AUGGACGGGGUGACGACUCUCCACACAGCACGCAACUUCCGCCCACAAUCAAGAUGGGGCAAAAGGUGGAGCACAUCCGCCCGGAAGGAACUCAAUUAGACGCACUUCCGCCCAUCCCUAAGAUGGCGCCGGCGGAAGAGGCAGGGCACCCGCAGCCAGCCAUGGUGGCGUCCCGGCUGGAGCUGAAUCUCGUGAGGCUGCUGUGUCGCUGCGAGGCAAUGGCAGCGGAGAAGCGGGACCCGGAGGAUUGGCGUCUGGAGAAGUACGUGGGGGCCCUGGAGGACAUGCUGCAGGCCCUGAAGGCCCACGCCAGCAAGCCGGCCUCGGAGGUGCUCGGCGAGUACUCGCGCAAGGUGAACUUCCUGAAGGGCAUGCUGCAGGCCGAGAAGCUGGCCUCCUCCUCCGAAAAGGCCCUCGCCAACCAGUUUCUGACCCCCGGGCGCGUGCCCACCACGGCCAGGGAGCGGGUGCCCGCCACCAAGACCGUGCACCUGCAGUCCCGCGCCCGGUACGCCAGCGAGAUGCGGAGCGAGCUGCUGGGCGCGGACUCGGCCGGAGAGCCCCAGCCGGAUGUGAGGAAACGACCCCGCUCCUCCCGGGACGUGGGUGGCUGGACGGACGCGCGACCGCCGGUCGCUCCCGCGCGUCGCGUCCACACCCUGUGCCCUGUGCCCCCAGCGGGGGUGACGCGCCCCAAGCCCGCCGACGAGAAGCAAUCGGCAGCGGAACUGGACCUGGUCCUGCAGCGACACCAGGACCUCCAGGAAAAGCUGGCGGAGGAGAUGCUGGGCCUGGCCCGGAGCCUCAAGACCAACACGCUGGCCGCGCAGAGCGUCAUCAAGAAGGACAACCAGACCCUGUCGCACUCGCUGAAGAUGGCCGAUCAGAACCUGGAGAAGCUGAAGGCGGAGUCGGAGCGGCUGGAGCAGCACGCGCAGAAGUCGGUGAACUGGCUGCUGUGGGCCAUGCUCGUCGUCGUCUGCUUCAUCUUCAUCAGCACGACCCUCUUCAUCCGCCUCAUGCCCAAGCUCAAAUAAACGCCGCCGCCGCCG